AUGGGCUCCAACAAACCUCGUGGACUUCAAGCCGCUCGUAAGCUAAGAAAUGACCGCAGGGAAAACCGCUGGGCGGACAAAACGUACAAAAAGCGUGCUCUAGGAAAUAUCUACAAAACCUCACCUACAGGAGGUUCCUCUCAUGCUAAGGGGAUCGUGCUCGAGAAAGUCGGUGUCGAAGCCAAACAGCCUAACUCUGCCAUCCGAAAGUGUGUCAGGGUACAGUUGAUUAAGAACGGAAAGAAAGUCACUGCGUUCGUUCCCAACGAUGGUUGCUUGAAUUUUGUUGAUGAGAACGACGAAGUUCUGAUCUCCGGUUUCGGUCGUCGUGGAAAGGCCAAGGGUGAUAUUCCCGGUGUCCGAUUCAAGGUCGUCAAGGUGUCGGGUGUUGGUCUUCUUGCACUUUGGAAAGAGAAGAAGGAGAAGCCUCGAUCAUAA